AAAUUCAAAAUGGUCUCGUUUUGGUAGGGCACUAUAAUCCCAUUCGAUCCCACCCGACACAAACCUAAAAACACAUGCGGAGGCCCGAGAAACUAGCGUUAGAGAGAUGCAUCCGACCCGGCAUCUCAUAUAAAGGCGCGAGAAAUGAGGGCUGCAGAGACGGCUCGCCUACACCUCCCACUCACUCUCGCUCCCUCUCUCCCUUUCUCUUGGGUCUGGAGAAUCUCUGCUUUUCCUAAAAAGCCUAAAACCUCUCCUCACCUCUCUUUCUGUCUCCCGAGUCAUCGGGGAACCUAUCUCCUAUCUCUCUCUCUUCCUUUUUUGCUUGAUAUUUAAUAAAAAUUGAAACUUUUUGGAGAAUUUGGUGAGUUUUUGGGAAGGUUUCUAUAGGGUUAACAGAAGGAAAAAAGGGAGGGAGCUUUGAUGGCGGUUAGGGUUUCGAGCAAAAUAUGGAGAGAUUAUCUGUAUAAUAAGGUGAAAUCGGGCGGUUUUGGAGCCACCCGGCACUGGUCUUCUGCUGCCCAAACUCCUACCGCUCCUCCGCCCAAGAAGAUCCCCCAUUCUUCCAAGAAAGGGAGGUUAUUCACAGGAGCUGCUAUUGGCCUACUCAUAGCAGGAGGAGCUUAUGUGAGUACCGUGGAUGAAGCAACUUUCUGUGGCUGGCUUUUCUCGGCAACAAAACUUGUGAAUCCAUUCUUUGCCCUUCUGGAUGCAGAAGUUGCUCACAGGCUAGCUGUCUCAGCUGCUGCUCGUGGUUUGGUUCCUAGAGAGAAAAGGCCUGAUCCAUCAAUAUUGGGACUGGAAGUUUGGGGAAGAAAGUUCUCCAACCCUGUAGGCCUUGCUGCAGGUUUUGAUAAAAAUGCUGAGGCUGUGGAAGGGUUACUUGGGUUAGGUUUUGGCUUUGUAGAGGUUGGUUCUGUUACCCCUGUUCCACAGGAGGGUAAUCCAAAGCCUCGUAUAUUCAGACUGCGUCAUGAAGGUGCUAUCAUAAACCGCUGUGGCUUCAACAGUGAAGGAAUUUUUGCUGUUGCAAAACGAUUGGGUAUUCAGCAUGGUAAGAGGAAGUUGGCUGAAACUUCAAGCACUUCAUCUUCCUCCAAGGAUGAAGUCAAACAUGGAGGAAAAGCUGGUCCUGGCAUUCUUGGGGUCAACCUUGGAAAGAAUAAGACAAGUGAAGAUGCUGCUGCAGAUUAUGUACAAGGGGUUCAUUCAUUAUCCCAGUAUGCUGAUUACUUGGUUAUCAAUGUUUCAUCACCCAAUACCCCUGGAUUGCGGAAGCUUCAGGGAAGAAAACAAUUGAAGGACCUGGUUAAGAAGGUUCAAGGUGCUCGUGAUGAAAUGCAAUGGGGUGAGGAGGGCCCACCUCCAUUGCUUGUGAAAAUUGCUCCAGACUUGUCUAAAGAGGACCUUGAAGAUAUUGCGGCGGUUUCUCUUGCUCUUCGCUUGGAUGGAUUGAUCAUAUCCAAUACCACCAUUUCAAGACCAGAUUCUGUCAGGCAAAACCCUGUGGCUGAGGAAUCAGGUGGCUUAAGUGGAAAGCCUCUCUUUAAUCUCUCAACCAAUAUGUUGAAGGAGAUGUAUGUUUUGACACGGGGAAGAAUACCUUUAAUAGGCUGUGGGGGCAUUAGCAGUGGUGAAGAUGCAUAUAAAAAAAUACGAGCAGGAGCAACUCUUGUUCAGCUUUAUACACAGUUUGCUUAUGAGGGUCCUGCCCUUAUUCCUCAAAUAAAGGCUGAACUGGCCGAAUAUUUGGAAAGGGAUGGUUUCAAGUCCAUCCAUGAGGCAGUUGGUGCUGAUUGUAGAUGAUUUUGGUUCCAGGGCUCCCAAAAAGAUUUGGGGGUGUAUUUAUUUGAUUUGUUGGGUGAUUUUCCCAUCAUAUACGGUUUCUUUUUUUCCUUUUACUUCUUCCAUCUCUUCCUUCAGCCAUUUUUUGGAAUGAAUAAGAGCAGAAAAUUUUGAAGUUCUGAAUUUGACUGGCAUUUUGGGAAUUUUUGCCAUGAAAUUCUAGUAGUGAACUGUGUUUGUUGAAUUGAUCAUAGAAACCAUGUUUGAAGGAAGGAGGAAAUGAGGAAAGCUUGGAGUUUGCUUGGAAA